CUGGGCAAGCACAUACACAUUACACCUACGUGGUAUAGACGAAACAUUUCGUAUUUUGAAAUUCACAUCUAAGCUGCGACUUUGACACAAUAAUGAGGGCCUACGUUUUUCUACUAGUUGUGCUGAUGAUUACUGCAGCCACUGCCGUGUUUUGGGACUGUCGAAAUCCUCAACUGAGUUGCAGCUCUCCUGGGACCUGUAUUGCCAGUGGAGUGUGUGAUGGCUGCACGGACAAAGGACACAACUGUGCUUUUGACUUGACCAAUAAGGACGCGAACGACUGUUCUCCAACCAACAACUGCGAAAACGGAGCGUCGUGUUCUGAUGAUACUGCGUCAGACUCAACUGUCGUCUGCUACUGUCCACCGGAAUACAUGGGAGCCACGUGUGGUACAGAGCGCUUUGCUGCGACGUGUUCAAGUACCAAUAUGGAUGUGUCAUUCACACCUGAAUUUACUCCUAAUGGCGGAGUAUACGUUUACAAAAAACCUACCUGCACCCUUGCUGGAACUGGUGUCGGUCCUUACACUAAAGCUGUAGACCACACAGGAGACGCCGCCUGUGGUGAUGCGAUUACAGCAACAACUGGAAAUAUAACGACAUGGGAACGGAAAUUUAUUGUUGUAGAAGAUGCAGCCGUUGUGACAACUGCAGAUUUCAUUAUUAAAGUUACCUGCACACACAACAAAGUAACACAAGUGACUCACUCUAUAGUUUCAAUAACUGAGAAUGAUGAUACCGCUUUUGGAGAAGUAACAAGAGCGGGUGAGAUAGGAGCUGUGACGUUGACGGCCAGUCCUGACACCUCACCUCAAAACAUCGGGGCGGUAAUCACCUUCACCAUAACCGGAAGUGAUGGAUUAACCAAAAUCAGUUUUGAGAAAAUUGAAGUUACGGCCUCAGGUCAAACACCAAAAGUGAUUUUUGAUGAUGGGUGUCCUGCGUCCAAUACAGGCGCAUACUUUGGUACUCCACUCCCGGCCACAAGUGGUGCCAACCCCCUUCAAGCCGAAGCCAAACUGUUGGUUGUGAAAUUUAGAGACGCCGCAGAUUUGGAAUGGACGUUCGCUAUCAACACAUGUCUUACUGGUGACACCAAUUGUGACGCCGUCACGUGCUCAAAAAGAAGAAAGCGAGCAGCUCAAUCACUGGCUGGCAAUUCAAGUCACGAAGUGAUCCGCUACAAGAUUGAUGUGAUCGAGUCCGCCAGUAACGGCAAUGAGCAGAAACAAGCAUCGGAAUCGGAAUGUGUGACCGUGAACAAGAUGACGGCGGCAGUGGUUGCCAUGGCAGUGGCCUGUUUCAUCCUCCUCGUCAUCUGUCUGGUGUUCAUUGUCCGCGUGUUGUCCUCCAGACGCUACAUGACAGAGAGCAAGCAGAAUCUGUCUUAAGCAGCUCGUCGGAACUCUAUGCAUGACGGCCACAACACAACAGAAAUGUAUUACGCACUCAUACACAGAAAUCCAUAGACUUUUGUAAAUCUUUGCUUGAUUCCAGAGCCCUGACAGAGUUGCAGCAAAAAUUGUUAAAUAUAAAUUUAAUAACUAAUAUUUGUGCUAUCUAAUAAAGAAGAACAAACUAUUUUGAUACGAAAACCACAGAAAUACAUAUGAAGUAGUCGGUAUAUUCAUUUGGUGUUGAAAAACGUACUGCAGGGCUCUGUGUUGUAAAUAGUUUUGUAUUCACAUGUUAAGAUAUUCAUGUCGUUUUAAUGUCGCAGAAUGUACAAUCGACGUGUAGGAAGCAGACGAAUCGGUUUGAACCAUUGCUCUUGUUUUUCAUUUCAUUCUGCGUUUUAAAUUAUUGGAUAAUUAGCUAUUCAGAAACAGGACGAAAAGGAGGGCGUUUACUGACAGAGUUUUACUGUUUAUUGUUCACGAAACUAGCUUACCAAGCGUUAACUUUAUAUAAAAUCGAAUCAAGAAAUGGAAAACGUUACUCUGCUUUUGAAUUCAUAGUUCUCCAUUACACGUCACAUGGUUCUUCUACCCUUCGUUUUGGUUAUUACAUGAAUACGGCAUGACCUAAAUGUACAUAGCGCAAGUUGCUAGAAUCUGAUAUCGAUAUGUAAUGAUAGUAAAGUAUCUCCAGAAUUUCGCACCUCCUUUUACUCUACUGCUUCGUUGAGCUGAUUUUAAUAGGUAGUACUAAAUCAAAUAACAUCUGGCUUGGUCAAAAUUCUUGAUAGAACAGUUAAAACCACAAGUCCUGCUAUUGGUGAUACAUAUGACAGUGUUUCUUAUGAACAACAUUAGGUUCUUCUGGGUAAUCAGCGGCGGAUCCAGAAAAUCCAUUUAGCGGGUCCCCAGUGACAUGAGGUGGAAUGCCAAGGGAACUUUAGGGGAGGUUUGGAGGGGGAUCGUAAAAAAAUGAAAAUUAAUAUAUAAUAAAUUAACUAUCGCAAAAUUAGGGGGGUGGCAAGCCCCUGCCCCCCUAGAUCCGCCUCUGGUAAUAAAGUUUAUUUCAUCUAGUAGCACUGUGCCACCAUGUAGCCUUGUGUUUGAAACAUUUAUGGGGUACCUGUAAAAUUAAGUAGUAGAAUUUGGUGCGAAACCAGAAAUGUUGUAAAAACAUCGGUUAUAUCGAAAAUUAGCCAUGGAAGUUUCCACUUUCUUCAAUUACCGGUAAUACUUUGCGGGAGGGGUCAUAGUUUGGUUGAUAUAUUCCAUAUAGUGUUUUUAACCACAUACGUUAACAUUUUAGUUGGUGUAGUACAAGCGUAAAUAGUUUUAGUUUAUACAUACCAAGUCAGUCAUUUAAUUAAAUUAUCUUAAUGGAAUACUUUUGAAUAAAUGUUUUAAAAGAUAAUUUCUGAAAGAAUUAAGUGAGAGUUAAAGGGGCGUAACUCCGGUUUUUGUGUGACAGAAAGGACUGGCUUAUUCCCCCUAUAUGCUAUUCGUAAGCUCAUAAUAACUUAUUGUUGGUGGGAUUUUACUGAAAUUUAUAUUUUUACACAUAGUUUUUUUAAGUUUUAUAAACUAUAUAUUUUAGCGCCUUUUGCACUCUGUUAUUUGAUGUUGUAUUUUUGACCGGAUUUCAAGAUAUAACUCCAUUAAGUUAUGAGUUUAACGUUCCAGUUUAAAAUAUUUUUAAGGGUCCGUUCAAAAUGUUUGGUCAGUAGUAACUUGCAAAUAUGUUUUUGUUCAAUUUCCUGUGUUUAUUACUUAUUACCGCAGCGAACCCAUUGGAAGGAUGCUGGGUUUGUGUUACAAUGCAUCUAUGUGUAAUGCAUAAGUUUAUAUACACUAAUUCAGAUUAAAAAAGGGAAAUUAUGAAACUAUUAACUAACUACAUUAUUAUGCUAGGAGCACCGUUUAAUGUUUAGUUAAAUCUUAGUUUAACCUUAAUUGCACGCUAAAUCUCAACAACAUGUAGAACACGUAGUUCCUUUUUUAAAGAAGAAAAAAACAAGUGCCCAUUUGUGAUCGAAUUUAAACGACGGCCAUAAAACACUAAGCUAUUAAAAUUAAUCACACAUAUUAGGGUUCCAUAUUUUAUCUGGAUAAACUGGUUGAGCAAUAAAUUAACGUAUUAAGACAAUAUGUUCGUAGUUCUUAAACAUGAUGACGAUAUAUUGGGAUUAAGCAACAAAGCAUCGUAUUUAAUUCCGCCGACGACUUUUUAGUCGAAACAUUGGGAAUUUAAUACAUAUAUGCAAUUUUAAUAUAUAUUUAUCAGUAAUGUCACGUAAUGUAAUGUAUUGGACAUGUUUUAAAAGAAGUUAAAAUAUUUUGGGAUUUUACAUGAUUUAAUUGUCGAAUGCAAAUGUUAAUAAAGAUUUUGCACUUAA